CUUGAGCAUCUAAGAGCUAACUGAUAUUAUUCUCAGUUUUUAAGUGUUGUUGUUUCAUUUCUACAGAGGAUAUUUUUUCUCAGCUAUCUUAAAAAUUAACGUUAGAAAUAUGAGUUUAUGGAGUUUAUGGUUUCUGAUAACCAGUACUGUUAUUUUUAUUGGUUUUAUUGAAUCUGAAUCACCUGAACUCCCACAAGAGAGACAAGUAGUGGCAUUUUUUGAUAGAUCUUCGUCUUUUGGAAAAAUAAACAGAAAAGGAGUUUUCAAUUUUCCUUUUGUAUGUAUUCAAACUCCGCAAAAAACUGUUGAAAAAAUUCGUUUCGAAUUGAAAACUUCGGAAGAAAAUCUUUUUGUGAAAACAAUUAAGUGCGCUGAAUCGACAGAAAGCAAGAGACAUAAACUAAGAGUCAAGUUACCGGCCGGUUACAUUUUCAACUAUGAUUACUACCAGGAAUGGAUGAUUUUCGAGGACUCAAUUAGCGCUGUGCUUUCAGUAACCUUCAAAAAUCAACUGGCAUUGGUGAAGCAGGAUUCUAUCAAGAUACUUCUCAAACCAGUCUACCAGCGUCCCUUCAGACCUCCAGAUGAGUGCCUCACCUUCUUCGGGAGACUCUUGUUGUCCGAGGAUCGAGCCACGAUUCCAUCCUGUCCUCUAGACAAUGACGUCAUUGAGAUGAUUGGGAACAGACCUGUGGUGUUCACGGCGAAGCAUUUCGGCGUAGUCAAGAAACUGCCGGUUGUUGGGAACCCCAAAUUGGUUGCAGAUUUCGCAGAGAGGAACAAUCUGUUGUCUGAGUUGUCUGUCAGCUUCGACAUCUAUCUCCUUGGCUACCCUGGGAGAGGUCUCCUGCAGAGCAUCUUCCACCAGAUGACUAUUGGAGGAUUCAUUCGAUCUUCAGCGCCUCUUGUGUUUCUUGAGCCAAACGGCGAUGUGAGAGUUGAAAUUUUACAAGCGAGGGGCCAAACCCAGUCCUUCAUUGCCCACACUAACUUACGACUGAGCUCGUGGUAUCACCUCACACUCACUAUAGACGCGAGAGCAGUGGGGACACUCUAUGUGUGCAAGUACGAUCAACCAGAAAACUCACCGCUGAAAAAAUGUCUCGAAUACGUCUUCCAAUUCAAACAAGCAAUGCAAUACAACCCAUACGUGAACAGCUUUGUGGUCGGAGGAAGUAUGAAACAUCAAUCAGUUUCGGGCUUUAUUUGCAAUUUCAACGUGCACCUAAACCGAAUUGUCACAGUGCCGAAGCGAAGAACAAAGCAAUCCGAAAUUAUGACUCAGCUGGUUGAUUUAGAAAUAGCAAAAUUCGAUACGCAUUGUCUCACAUUUCUCGACAAAGGCUGA